AUGUUAAUGUAUAUAAUACAUAUAAACUACCUUGUUGCAAAUUUAGCAGAUGAAUCAAGGAAGUCGUUACUUGAUUGGCCACAACGCUUCCAGAUAAUUCAUGGGAUUGCUCGAGGUCUUCUCUAUCUUCAUCAAGACUCCCGACUUAAAGUUGUACAUAGGGACUUAAAAGCAGGGAAUAUUUUACUUGAUUAUCAGAUGCGUCCAAAGAUAUCAGACUUUGGCUUGGCCAGAAUGUUUGAAGAAGGCGAGAGUGAAGCAGAUACAAAGAGAGUCGUGGGAACUUUGGGUUACAUAUCUCCAGAGUAUGCAAUGAAAGGUCACUUCUCUGUAAAGUCAGAUAUUUUCAGCUUUGGGGUUUUAGUGCUGGAAAUUGUGAGUGGGAAGAAAAAUAAAGAUUUUGUUCAUGAAGACCAUGAUGAUAACCUUCUUGGUCAUGCAUGGAGACUUUACAGAGAAGGCAAACCUCUAGAUCUGAUUGAUGAAUGUUUUGGCACAUCCUAUUCUGCUUAUGAAGUUUUACGAUCAGUACAUGUUGGCCUAUUGUGUGUACAACACCGAGUAGAAGAUCGGCCUGACACACAGACUGUCGUGGCGAUGUUGGGUGGUGAGGGAUCACUUCCGUCUCCCAAUAAACCAGCUUUCUAUAUUCAAGAAGGUGAAAUCAACUCCCCCUCAAUUCUUCCUUUACUAUCAUCAUCAGUUAAUGGAGUAACAUUUAGUCAAGUAGAUGGUAGAUGAUGAGAAGAAA